AUGUCGCUCCAGCGUGUCGCCUCCCUCGAGACCUUCGUCAACGUUCCCGGCGAGAGUCAGCGGCGGUCCCCCCGGGGCUCUGUGUCUUCCGCGGUCGCCUCCGAGAGAGCUCGUAAACUCACAUUCAAUCCCCUCCCGGAGUCGUGGCAUCCCGUCUUCGAUGACGACCAAGAUCAGCAUCUCACCCAGCCGGUCGGCGCCUUCGAGGUCCCUCAGUGGAAACGAAUACUCCAGGUCGUGGCUGCGGUCAUAAUUUGUCUUCUCGCCUCUGGCAUAGUGUUCGGAUAUGCCGCUUUAAAACCAGUCCUUAAGGACGAGGGUGCAUAUCGGGAAACCUGCAAAGGCGAAGACGCAUGUGUAGAAAUCCGUCUCAAUCUUAUGUUUACCGUCGCUGCCGUCACCACCAACGUUGCCGCCCUACUUGUUGGUGCUAUCCUCGACUAUUACGGCCCCCGGGUCUGCGGAAUUCUCGGUGCGAUAUUCCUUAGCACUGGUGCGCUCUCCGUGUCCUUCGCGAAGCACCUCCCCUUCGAUGCGUUUAUCGUUGGCUACUUGUUCCUCGCUCUGGGUGGACCUUUUACCUAUAUAUCCUCCUUCCAGCUAUCCAACGCCUUCCCCCGUCACUCGGGGUUGAUCCUAGCGCUCCUGACAGGAGCGUUCGAUGCGUCGAGUGCCCUCUUUCUUGUCUAUCGUAUUAUCUACGAAAGAACCGAGGGCUCCUUCGGGCACCACCAAUUUUUCCUCGCCUACCUCGCGGUGCCACUAAUAAUACUGGUGUUCCAACUCACGCUCCUCCCCAAGCACUCGUACAAGACGGUGGGGGAAAUGAUCGAAGAGAUCGAAGCGCCCGCGUUCAACGGUCCCUCUACUAUAGACGUCGCUGCCCACAGCGACGAUCAGGUCGACGAGCAUACCGCGCUCUUGCGCGAGGAGCAGCGUGAGAGUGUCGUGCGCGGCAUAGAAGAGCUGCUAGGCCCCAACAAGACAGACGUAGACAAGCAGGCCCGCGAGGAGGAGGCCAAGAACGACAGAAGCGGCGUAUGGGGCGUCAUGCAUAACCGCUCGGCGCGGGAGCAGAUCUGUUCGCCGUGGUUCGUGCUGAUCUGCCUGUUCACCAUCGUGCAGAUGACGCGGAUCAACUACUUCGUGGCCACCGUCCGGGAGCAGUACGAGGUGAUCUUCGGGUCGGAGGCGGAGGCGGCCGCGCUCAACCACUUCUUCGACGUCGCGCUGCCGCUGGGCGGGAUCGCGUCCGUCCCGCUGACGGGGGCGGUGCUGGACCGGACGAGCACGGUGACGGUGCUGGCCGCGCUCGUCGGCCUCGCGGCGCUGAUCGGCGUGCUCGGCGUGCUGCCGGACGCGCGGGCGGCGUACGCCGGCGUCGGCCUGUUCGUCGCGUAUCGCCCCUUCUACUACACCGCGGUCAGCGACUACAGCGCCAAGGUGUUCGGCUUCGCCACCUUCGGCCGCGUCUACGGCGCCGUCAUCUGCCUCGCCGGCCUCUUCAACCUCAGCCAGAGCGCCCUCGACCUCCUCCGCCACCGCGCCUCCGCCGGCGACCCCGUCCCCGUCAACCUCCUCCUGCUCGCCGUGGGCCUCGUCGUCGGCCUGUGCCUCGUCGGGUAUGUGGCCGCGCAGGCCGCGCGCCUCCGGGCCAAGAGGAGGGCACGUGAGGGACGCGGCUUCCGCUAG